GGUUUUAACGUCUAGAAAAACUGGAAAAAUUGUGAAUAAAAGACUAAAUAACCGUAUCGCGUAUAGAAAAAUCUAUGAAGCGUUACGGAACAUCUUUAACCUAGUACGGUUAUUUAUUUUAUGACAAAACUAUACGACCUAUCACUGUUCUAAUUUAGAUUUGCAGUUAGUUGAACUUGGUUGAUGAUGGAGAGACAGACACUACUAGCUCUGGUAGCUUUUAUGGUAGUAGCCAUAGUUGUAAUAUUCAUCGGAGGAUAUUUCUGUGGUGUUAACGUCGCCUACGCACAAAGAGGACAAAAGCAUUUAAACACGGGACCUUCUUCAGAAAAACUAACGGAGCAAACCGGUCCGUGGUAUCAGCAGCCGUGUUUUCCCGAAAGGAACAUCUGCCCUUCAGAUUUCAGGAAUCCCCCAUUAUUAUUAAUUUCUUUAGAUGGUUUUCGACCAGAUUAUUUUGACAAAACACCAACGCUCAAACGUUUAGCUCAUUGUGGAGCGAGUGCACCAUACAUGAAGCCCGUGUUCCCUACAAAAACAUUUCCUAAUCAUUAUUCAAUUGUAACGGGGUUGUAUCCUGAAUCACACGGGAUAAUUGACAACAAUAUCUAUGAUCCAAAACUUAGAAGAUUGUUCAGCGUAAGACGGGGACAAGAUAAUUACAACCCCAUCUGGUGGGAAGCGGAACCGUUGUGGGUGACGGCUGAGAAACAAGGAAAGAUAACAGGUACUUAUUUUUGGCCUGGAUCGGAAAUCAAAAUUAACGGAACUCGACCAACAUAUUACAUUAAGUAUAAUAACAAAGUUAGUUGGAAAACUCGAUUAGACACCAUUUUAUCGUGGUUAGAAUUACCAGAGGAAAGUAGACCAUCUUUUUUGACUUUGUACAUUAACGAACCCGAUCACGCCAGCCAUGCACAUGGACCAGAAUCUCCACAAGUGAAUGCAGUUUUAGCAAAAUUGGAUUCUUUUAUUGAACUCAUGAUCACGUCUCUGCAACAGAGAAAUUUAUUGGGCUGUAUCAAUAUCAUUAUAGUCUCGGAUCAUGGAAUGGCAAAAAGCGAUUGCAACAAAGUUAUCGAAUUAGAUAAUUACAUCAAUUCUUCGGAAGUUUUCCUAUCUCCUGGACCUAUAGGAAAGAUCCGUCCUAAAGGAAAAAGAACUGUUGAAAGUGUAGUAGAAAUCCUUCGUUGCAACAGACCAGAAUUACUCGUUUAUAAGAAAAAUGAUCUGCCAAAACGUUAUCAUUAUUCAUAUAAUAAUAAAAUAGAACCCAUUAUCAUCGAUCUUCCUACAGGAUGGGCCAUAGAAAAUAAAUUCGAUGCGAGGAGAUGUCGAGGAGGAAACCAUGGAUACGAUUAUUUACAUCCCGAAAUGAAUGCAAUAUUUUUAGCUUUCGGACCUUCGUUUAAGAAGAAUCUUCUAGUGGAACCAUUUAUAAAUAUAGAACUUUACGAAUUAAUGGCAGAACUGAUAGAUGUAAUUCCGAAUCCGAAUAACGGUUCUAAGGGAAGUUUGCACUAUAUCCUGAAUAAUCCUAAGACACUUUCUGCUUCUUCGAUGCAUAAAGCUAUCACGGCGUGCGUUAUUACAAAUUUGCAAAGUUCAAAAUUCAAAGGAUGUAACUGUCCAAAUGGAAGUUUACAUCAAAUUUCUCCACCGUCAGAUUUUAAACAUAAACAAGAAGUCAUUCUACCAUGGGGUGCACCUAUGAUAAAAGAUUCAGAAUUUACAUCGAUUUGUCAUUUGAUGAAUCCCGAUUACGUUACGGCAUUUCAUAAGAAACUGAAACAACCCUCUUGGAUUUCUUUUCCCCUUACAAGAAAGACGUCGAUAAUGUCGGGUGAAGCCAGAUUUUUCCAUGGAAAAUGCUGGAUAUUAGAUCAAAGAAUUCCAUUUGAAAACCAAGCAAAUUGUACAGAUUACAGUAUACUGAACAGAGAUCAUUCUGCAAUACAACAACGUUCUUUAUUUCCACCAGCAUUUGCUAUUUCUGAAAAUAGUGAAUCUUCGGUGCAAUUGAUGACUAAUGCCGUGCCAAUGUACAAAACAUUUCAUUCGGAGAUAUGGACACAAUUUUUGAUACUUUUAAGUAAAUGGACGCAAAAAUAUGAUUCAUUGAAUAUUAUAAUGGGACCGGCAUUUGACGAAAGAGGCAAUGGGUUAAAAAUGUCAGUCGGUGAACUGCUAGAACGUCACAACAAUAAAAUUCCAAUACCAACUCAUUUCUUCGUUGUGAUAACACGUUGCGAAGCAUCUAACGUCCCAUUGAAUUCGUGUCGUUCGGCAGAUUUAGACGUUUUAUCAUUUUUGAUUCCUCACAAACCGUUCCCAGAAAACUGCCAAAACAUCAAUGAAUACUUCCUUAAGCAUUCCGCCACCGUUAAGGACAUAGAAGUGUUGACUGGACUCAAAUUUUUUACGUCAUUAUCACCUUAUACGGCAAUAGCCUUACAGACUCGUUUGACUGACUACGAAUGGUUUAACGUGAAAUGAAUUGAAUUAAAUUUUUUUGUGUAAUUUAUUACUCGAAAA